UUGUAUAUACAUUGGUUUUAUAUGUAUGUGUUACUGCGGGUAAAGUGCUGAACGUCUCCCAGUCCUACCGGAAAUAACCAUGGACACUAGCCGGAAAGCGCUGACCGUGGAUCAAAAGGCGCUAGUCCAGGAUCGCUCCAACCGCAACGCUUUGCAGUGGACCGGGCGGGAAGAGUGGGUGGUGCUGCUGCGCUGCAAUGAUGCCGAGCACAAUCACCCGGUACUGUCCGGCCGAUGGAAUUCAAUUCCACGCAUCUGUGGAUGGACCUGCUGGGGCAGACUACCGGCUGGCUGGCCUUUGGCAUCUCACCGGAUGGGGGGAUGGACAAGGCGGAUGUGCUGUUUGCGUGGUGUGAUGAUGAUGUCAACGGAGCACACUGCUAUGCACAGGAUCGGAAUAUUGCAGUGGAUGAGACCCGACAGCGCGUGAAUCUGACCAGUGAUGAACAGCAGGACUGGGUGCUGAUUUCCGGGAGAGAGAAUGGGACGCAUACAUGGAUUACGGCGGCGAGGAAGCUCAAUACGAUGGAUCCAAAGGAUAUUCGAAUUACGGGCCGGGCCAUCAAUGGCAUCUUCGCGGUGGGCGCCGUGGAUCCCGACAUCACCACCGGCGAAGUGCAGAAGCACAUGUACAAAAUCAGCCGCAAACUGACCGUCCUCCCAGCAUCCCACCGCGACUCCCUGUGGUCAGAGAACAGCUCGGAACAGCCCGGCAUCUGGAUAUCCCCACCGGGCAUGCCCAUGCCCAGUCCCAGCAGCAGCGGCUUCAUGCCACUCCCAGCCGGCACCGUCACAUGGAGCUCUCAGAGUAACGGCACGAUCGUGACCAACGCCAACACUCGCCGCGGAUCUGAUAACUGGGACUCCGGAUUGGUGCGCGUGCAGUUCGGCAGCGGUGAUCCGUUGGGUCUUCCCCGGGGUCAAGGCAGCAGCACCUCGAUUAGUACGAGUUCUGACGGAUCGAACUGGAAUUCGCAAUCAUUCGGGCAAACGCAGCAAGGCUUCCGAGGUUCCGGUGGAAGGAUGCCGGUCGGCAACCAAAGGUCACCAUCGCUGUCUUCUUCUUCCGGGUUAUCAGUCACUUCCGGUGGACGAAACACGGUUGCCAGCACCCCGGUGGCGGUCGUUUCGAACAGUCAGGUGGUGCAAUCAUCCAGUGACUUUUCAUCUUCCGAUGAACAGGAUUCACAAGACUACAUGGAUCUGAAUCCCGUAGUAUCUGCUUCUAACAGUCGUGUUCCACAAUCCAGCAGUUCCGGUUUAUCACAAACUUUCGGCUUCGGUUCAUCCCAAACUUCCGGCUCCGGUUUACGCCAAAAUUCCGGCUUCGGUUUAUCUCAAACUUCCGGCUCGGGUUUACGCCAAAAUUCCGGCUCCAGUUUAUCCCAAACUUCUGGUUUAUCACAAACUUCCGGCUCUGGUUUAUCCCAGACUUCCGGUUUAUUACAAACUUCCAGUGGGCGAAAUUCGGGGUCGCCUGUUCAAAUCAAUCCCGUUUCCGUUGAUUCAAGUAAUCGCGGUACGCAAUGGUCAUCGUCAUCCAGUAGUUCCCGGGUGGAUCGCACUGGGCGGAAGCAGGACGGUAUAGAUGAAUGGUCAUCGUGGGCGAACACCGGCGACGACAGCAAUAUGACCCUGGCGCAGUUGAUUAUGCGCGGACUGAAGGGCGUGGCCAGCUUAGUGGGCUGGUUUUCGUCGCUACAGAUCGAUCCAACCGAGCUGGGACUGUUCGGAACGAAGAAGAGUGUAAGUUCGCUGGAGCAGGGUGGUGGACGCCAUGUGCAGUGGACGACAGCACAAGAAAGCAGUGAGAAUUUCAGACAGCAUUAUGAUGUGUUAAUGACCAAUAUUUCCUUCAAAAAUCGGCCGGUUUUCUAA